AUUUAAAGGGGGGAGAGAGAUCUCCGGACACAGCUGCCUCGGUUCCGGAGAGGGGAGAGGGAGAUCAGGGCUCUUCAUCUGCAAUAGGGCUUCGUUGUAGCUUUGACUGGUUAAAAUUCCAUAAUGUCUCCAAAUCAUGAAGAAUGCCAUUGUGACACCUCUAGAAAUUCCAUUUAUACUGACAAGAAAGAAUUUGAACUGCCCCCUAGUGGAACAAUAGUUUCAUCUGGAAGCUGGACAGAUGUAUCUAUUUCAAAUGGCAUGUGCAAGAGCUCAGGGCAUACAGUUAAUAAAUAUUUCUACAAGAGGAGGAAGCUGCAAAGAAAUUCACUUGUUCUUCUUCCAGAAGAUAAUAAAACAACAGAUAAUGACAAGGAACAAUUUGAACUUCCUCCUAGGGAGGCAAUAGUUUCAUCUGAAAGCUGUGCACCUCCAUCAAUUCCAAAUGAACUCUGCACAAGCUUAGGACAUGAUGGGUAUGUGUACAAGAGAAAGAAGUUACAAAGAAAUUCACUUGCUCUUCUUCCAGAAAAUAAUAAUAUAUCUGAUGCAAGACAAAAGUUUGGUGCCGAAUUGUGUAUUAGUUCUGAGUAUUGCCAAUUGGAAGAUAGGAAAGCUGAUACUGAGAGAGCUCCUGUUGAUGCUUGUACCACAGAUACUGACUUACUUCAAGAUUCUGGCCUGCAUGCCAUGCAUUCUAUUGGAGAAUAUGAAGCAUUAGAUAAAACAAAAAAUGUAAAAUUUCCCAAAUCUGCACAGGAAAAUUGUCAUCUAUCAAAUGAUAGAUCUUCAUCUUCAAAAUCUAAUUUGGAAUCUACUGCAACUUUCAUCAAGAUGGACACAGAUGAUUCUUCUUUUGAUGUUCUUGAACUAGGAGAAUUUGAUUCAGCAAGGGAACUUUGUAUCUAUGUCCUCAAAAGACAUGGGCUAAUUGGGAACUCUUGUGCUAGCAGCAGUGAUUUUGAUUUAGGAGGUCUGCUUGAUGAUAAUAGUAAACUUUCUCAGAAAUGCAAAAUUUGUGGGCUAUUUGAUGACCCACUGCAGAUGCUUAUUUGUGACCAAUGUGAUGAAACAUAUCAUCAGUCCUGUUGUGUUCCUCGUGUGACAAAGAUUCCACUCGAUGAAUGGUAUUGCCAACUCUGUUUCAAGAAAAAGCCAAAGCUUCUAAUCAGCAAGUCACCUGAUACAGUGGGUGAGAUCUCCAAUCACACACAUAGAACAUCUCCCAGAAAGUAUUCCAUAUCAUUCAUGUUGAAGGACAGUAGGCCUUAUACCACUGGAGUUCGAAUUGGUAAAGAUUUUCAAGCUGAAAUUAUGGACUGGUCUGGACCAGUUUCCAAUGAAGAUGAUUAUUUUGAUGAACCAUCUGAAAUGGAAACUGAUGAAUUUGUAAAUGUAUGGAAAGGAAGAGAAACACAAAAUCAUAGUGGUAUUGGUAAUUGGGUUCAAUGCCGGGAAUUCUUGCACUUAGGCGGACCUAAUGAAGGGAUUAUUUGUGGAAAGUGGCGCAGGGCUCCUCUCUUCAUAAUUCAGAGUGAAGAUUGGGAUUGCUCUUGUGCCAUUGAAUGGGAUCCAAUUCAUGCAGAUUGUGCUGUGCCUCAGGAACUCGAAACCGAGGAGGUUCUCAACCAUCUGAAAUUUGUAAGAUGGCUGAGACGUCGGCUGAGUGCUAAAUCCACGAAAGACGGCUCCAGUUGAAGUAUCGACUCGGAAGGUACAAAAUGCCAUGUCCCUGUUCUUGCUCCUGGAACUAGAGGAAUUUUGUUGUGUGAAAAUUUUGCGUAAUCUUUGUAUAUAUAAAUUUGUAGAACUGGAUAUAGACAAGUAUAUUACUGAGAGGUGAUUGGGGAAAAUGAGAUUCUUGUAAAGGAAAGGCCAACAAUUUUGUUGUACAAGCUGUGUAAGUUAACUAAUUCUCAUCAGUUUCUUGCAUGUAAUUUAUUAUUCAAUUUCUGAAGCUUAAAUAGCCUUUUAUGAGUAA